GAAGCAUAAUGGGGUUUGUUUGUAGGAACUAGAAGCCUUUUGAUUGGGUAAUGAAACCCAAAAGGGUGUCUGUUGUUGAUGAAAACAACGGGGAAGGAAGGGGAGAGUGAAUAAGUGAGAUUCAUGUGAUUUACUGCUCUCUCUCUCUCUCUGUUGCGACCCUUUUUUCCUUUCCUCUUCUUCUUUAUCUCUCUCUCUCUCUCUCUCGAAUUGUUGUUCCCAUCUGGGUUUUGGUUUCUUCAAUGGCUUCCAGUGCUUCAAGGUUCAUCAAGUGCGUCACCGUCGGAGAUGGGGCUGUGGGGAAGACCUGCAUGCUCAUAUGCUAUACCAAUAACAAAUUCCCCACUGAUUACAUACCCACGGUGUUUGAUAACUUCAGUGCCAAUGUGGUGGUGGAAGGCACCACCGUCAAUUUAGGCCUAUGGGAUACAGCCGGUCAAGAAGAUUACAAUAGGUUAAGGCCAUUGAGCUACAGAGGAGCUGAUGUUUUCAUCCUUGCCUUAUCGUUGGUUAGCCGGGCGAGCUACGAAAAUGUACUUAAGAAGUGGAUUCCGGAGCUUCAACAUUACGCACCUGGAGUCCCGGUGGUGUUGGUUGGCACCAAAUUGGAUCUUCGAGAGGACAAAUUCUAUUUGGCUGAUCAUCCCGGAUUGGUGCCCGUAACCACUUCGCAGGGUGAGGAACUCCGUAAACAAAUUGGUGCCACAUAUUACAUCGAAUGCAGCUCAAAAACACAGCAGAAUGUGAAAGCAGUGUUUGAUGCAGCAAUAAGGAUGGUUAUCAAGCCACCACAGAAACAGAAAGAAAAGAAAAGGCCACAGCGUGGGUGUCUGCUAAACGUAUUUUGUGGAAGGAACCCUACAAGGCAAAGUUGAGAGCAGCUUAUAUAGCAAAACAACAGAGGGUUGUUUGGGGAAAGUGAAGCAAAGCUAGGAGUAAAUUGGCUUGUAAUAUGAGUAGCUGUAAUUCUCUUUAUCGUUCUUUUAGUUGCUCCUUUGUAUACAAUUAUUUUGGGGAAGGAUAUAAUGGCGUAAACUCAUGGUUUCUCUCUCCA